AUGGAGCAGCGGACGCUUUCAUGUUCUCUAGAAAUAUCAGGUAUUACUUCUAACGUUAAAGCAAAUGAGGUCACUAUAACUCAAGAGAUUGCGAAGAAGCUCGAUCUCGACACUGGCUCAAUAGUUUGUGCACGACGACUUCCGACCCGCAGGGAAAAUCCAGGCAACAUUAUAGUGGAAUUGAGAUCUAAAGACGCCCGGGACCAGUGGAUAGAAGCGGGUAAAAAAGCUCAACUUACCCUAAGCGUAUUUGGUAAAAACGUACCGAGUGAACAAGCUGGAAUAAGAAUCUUUAUUCGAGAAGCACUAUCUCCCUACAUGAAGACCCUAUAUUACAACGCCAGGAAUAGUCUCAAGACUUCGCAUAAAUAUGUAUGGUGCAAAAAUGGAUUGAUCUACUGCCGUAAAACAGACGACAGUAAAGUGCUUAUUAUCCGUUCAAACCAAGAUAUAUCGAAACUCUUAGAAUAA